CCGAUCGCGCAAUCGCGUGACGUUCGUUCGUUUCCGUCAACGAUCGGUUCGUAAAUUAGUUCGCGGGCUAAACACGACGAUAAAAAGCGAGUUGAUCGCGAUCUGUUCAACUGAAAACAUGUUAUUUGGUUUUUCGACGGUUCCAUCUAUAGUUAAAUGUCAAGUGCCGAGAAUAAGUGGUCGAAACGCUUUAAUAAACAGUCAACCGUCUUGAUCAAGUGCUAAAUUAGCCGUUUUAUUUAGUAAAUUUAAGUAUAGGAUCGUUUAGUUUUUCGCGACCAUGCCGAAAGGAAAACGAAAGGGAAGGUCCGAUCGCGGAAGAACAGACGGCUCGUUGAAUUCCACCGACGACGAAUCGUUCGAAAUAGCCAGCGUCGCCAGUAAUUUCUCUGAGAACAACAACAACAACAACAACAAAGAAUGCGACGAGACAACGUCCGAAGACGCCGACGUCGCGGCGCAGGAACAACUCGAAGAGAAAUUGUGCGAAUUGCUCGACGGAUUGACGCAGAAAUCGUCGCAGGGCAGGACGAAUUGCUUCGGGACAUUGACGAAGGCAUUCGUCAAGAAAUACAUGCCGGGAUUCAUCAAAGAUAGGUAUUUUACGAUUUGCGAUUCGAUCGAACGAAGUUUGAAGAAAGGCGGCCCAGCCGAGAAAAUCGCCGCAACAGAAUUGGCUACAAUUACUUGCGUACAACUCGGUGGUGAAGAUCUUUCCGAGGAAAUUUGCAGGCAAUUAAAACCCCUACUAUUGACGUUGGUCUGCGAUAACUCCAUACCACCUCCUGUUAGAGCUAAAUGUUGCACCGCAUUGGGUAACAUGACGUUUCUAUCGGGAGGCGAAAUGGGCGAUGUGGUGUUGUUGAUGCAACAAUUCGAAUCGAUCUAUUCGGGUAGUUAUUUGAAAGGGGACGGUACAGUUGCUAAUGUAUCGACGGAGGCGGGCGCUUUGCAUGCCGCCUCUUUACAAUCGUGGAAUUUGCUUUUUACUUUACUAUCGCCCGGCAACAUCGGAACGAUGAUUAACAAUUCCAAAUCAUUACCACCGUUGGAGAAAUUGUCAGAGUUGUUGGAAUCUCCCCAUUUAGACGUCAGAAUGGCCGCCGGCGAAUCAUUGGCGUUAAUUUACGAAUUGGGUAGAGAAGAAAAUGCGAAUUUCGAGGAUGAAUUCGCCGUCGAAAUAGCGGAAACUUUAAAGCAAUUGGCAACCGAUUCGCAUAAAUAUCGAGCGAAGAAAGAUAGAAAACAACAAAGGGCCACGUUCAGGGAUAUCUUGCAAUUUUUCGAGGACGACGUCGUACCGGAAUUAUCGAUUAAAUUCGCCAAGGAAACAUUAGUACUCGAUACGUGGUGUCGAAGGAAACAAUACGAAACGCUUUGCGCCAUUUUGGGGCCCAGUAUAAAUAUUCAUUUGAGCGAUAAUGAUUUGGUGAGGGACAUUUUUGAGAUUUUAUUACCGGCUCCGUCGAACGAAUUGCCGGUUCAUGCGCAACACCAAAUGGAACGAUAUAGAAAACGUUUAAUAAAUGCGGCUAAUUUCAAAGCGAGGACACUGACGAGGGCCAGGAAUAGAGACAAACGAUCGGAUUUCUGAAAUUUCUGAGGGUUUUUUUUUUGAUGAGGUUACCGAGAUUUGAAAAAAAAUGUAGCACAAUUUUUGUUGUUUUAUCGUAAAUGGGUCGAUUUCUAUAAUACAUAUAUAUUAUUUCUUAUUCGCUAUUUAUUAAUUUUUUUAUUUAAUAAAGUUGUGUCAUUUGUAAAUUGAUU